AAACAAUCAUUCAACGGGAAUCAAAACACAGACACGCGGUAGACGGAAUAGGGGAAAUGCUGGAAAACUGAUACAAUUUGGUUGAUCUUUUCAAAUUCAUGUCACAGAUCUUAGAAAUUAGCCGAAAUUGUUCGUUAGGUGUGGAUAUUAUGCUAUAUCUGAAUAUUUUGUUCAAGUUUUCAGUUGCUGAAAGGAGGAACGAAUUAUGAGAGGCAAGACGAAGUCUUUCGACGGUUCGGCAGUUUUGUCGCUGGCUUCAAAGGCUACGGGGAACAUAUUGAUCAUUGGUGAAAAACUCAGGAAUGAAUGGAGAUCAUCACUUAUCCAAGAUAGACGAUACAGACUUCGACAUUACCAAAAGUGUUUUAUUGGUAAAGAUGUCAUUGACUGGAUUGUACUACACAAGGGCAUCAAGGAAAGAGGAAAGGUUGUUGAACUCAUGAACGUCCUGCAGAAAUACAAUGUCAUUCAUCAUGUGUGUGAUGAUCACCUGUUCAAGGAUGAGAUGCUUUUCUAUCGGUUCCGAGUCGAUGAUAAAACCUUCAGAGAUAGUCGAGAAUCAAGGACCAUCAUCAAUGGUACAACAAUAUUUUACAGAGUCACAAGUGAAACUUCUUCAAAUCCAUUGCUGAAACCACAUACAGAGUUUGGACACAAGUAUCCGAAUAGUUUCUAUGGUGCAGAACUGGUAUCCUGGUUGUUACGAAUUAACAUGUGCAAUUCAAGAGAUGCUGCUACAGGACUUGGUAAAGAUCUUCUAGAGGCGGAUAUCAUCAGACAUGUUACAAUGGACCAUCACUUUAAAGAUGAACGACUCCUUUAUCACUUCAACCCCGUCAUGUCUGAUCUGAGCUUGACUGAUCUAAUGACGUUAGACCAAGAAGCAACGAUGAUGGCAUCGGGUGAAGCGGCUGUGAUGCCAUCCUUGACGAUACCAAGAGAAUCUCAAAGGAUACACUCAAACUCAUCUUCUUCAGACACAUCUCUGGAAAGGGCAUCACUUUCGGGUUCAAAGCCAGACCUGGAAGUCCAGGAUCAGAACCAGAACCAUCUAGGAGAAUCUUCGAAAGACUUGGACCCCCCAAACAUCCCUACAGAACCAGUCUGCACCAGAAGAUGGGGAUCGUUUACCGCCAACGAACUCAGGCAUCCUGAGAGUCCAUUCACCAAACGACAUAUCAAGAUUGUAGGAGAUUCCGUUGGCUUUGGUCUUGUGAUACGAGGAGGCGGUCCAACCUACGUCCAGACUGUAGACCCUGAAGGGCCAGCUGCAGCAGCAGGAUUAAAGGUAAAGGAAUACCUUGCUGCUGUGAACGGCACCGAUGUCCUUGAAAUGAACCAUACGGAUGUAGCCAAGCUCAUCCUUGCCAAUCCCUACGAACUCUCUCUUGAUCUUAUGAUAAUAAAAGAUGGAAUCAUGGGAACUUAGGUCCAUAGCGGGCCUGACGGAAGUCACAUGGUGGUGGUUGAGUAUUCAUUUUACAAUCAUUAUCACCGAUAUCUGCAGGGCAAUCCCUACAAACUCUCUCUUGAUCUUAUGAUAUUAAAUGAUUGAAUCAUGGAAUAGGUCCAUAGAAGGCCUGACGGAAGUCACAUGGUGGUGGUUGAGUAUUCAUUUUACAAUCAUUAUCACCAAUAUCUGCAGGGCAAUCCCUACAAACUCUCUCUUGAUCUUAUGAUAUUAAAUGAUGGAAUCAUGGAAUAGGUCCAUAGAGGGCCUGAAGGAAGUCACAUGAUGGUGGUUGAGUAUUCGUCUUAUAAUCACCGAUAUCUGCAGGGCAUCGUUGGGUCAGGCUUGGAUUCAAAGGGUACUGCAUCCAUUAACUAACUGAUAGCUAACUGUUGUUCAGUUUAUGACCAGCCCCAUACACAAGGUUGAACCUGAAUUUUAAUCCAUAGGGGAAGAUUGUCUCCCCUGCAGAUUCUCUGUACACAUGUCCCGAUAGUGUUGGGACAUUGGGUGAUUUCAAGUUCAUUGUUGACCUUUUGGUGUUGGUGUUAGGUCAAUUUUUACACGAUCAUAAC